UGGAAAAUUAUGGUCCGAAUUUAUGAACCAAGUUUUUCUGCUUUCAUCGUUGAAACGAAGCGCUCGCAGCCUCGCACACACACGUUGAAGUUCCUUUUGUAAAUCCAACAUCGUUUCCUUUACUUCUCUGCGAUCCACUCAGUGCCUGACUCUCUAGUUCAGGCACCUUCCUUCUUCACCUCAACACAUACACGCUUUUCAGAUUAGGCUAAAUGGCGAGGAUCAAACCUCAGGCUCUGCUCCAGCAAAGUAAAAGGAAGAAGGGUCCUUCUCGCAUAAGCGCCACGACUAUUAUAUUUUACGCUUUGUUCCUUGUCUUGAUUGGAUUUUUCCUGUUUGCUACGUACAGACAUUGGUCCAACAGGUCAAGAAUUCAAUCAGGGAAUAACUUGUCAGUCUCUGAGGGAGAAAAUAUUUUUGUGGACUCGAAGAAAUCUGACCUACCUGGAUAUGCUGUUUUAAAUACCUCUAAAGGCUCUAUAAUAAUAGAACUGUACAAGGAAAGUGCUCCUGAAGUUGUUGAUGAAUUCAUUGAGUUAUGUCAGAAAGGGCACUUCAAGGGAAUGCUUUUUCAUCGAGUGAUUAAGCACUAUGUGAUUCAGGCUGGGGAUAACCAAGGAGCAGGAGCUGCUGAAGAUUGGAACUUGAGAGGAAAACAACAUUCAAGUAUGAAACAUGAAGCAUUCAUGCUUGGAACUUCCAAGGGCAAACACAUCAACAAAGGAUUUGAUCUUUUCAUUACAACUGCACCGAUACCAGAUCUAAAUGAGAAGCUUAUUGUGUUUGGGCAAGUCAUCAAGGGAGAGGAUGUUGUUCAGGAAAUUGAAGAAGUGGAUACAGAUGAACAUUACAAACCUAAAAUAUCUAUUGGGAUACUUGAUGUGACUCUUAGACAGAAGAUCUGAAGGCUCUCUGCUAGACCAAGAUCAUAAUGAGCUCUCUCAUACUUUGCUGAUAACCUGUUUUGGGACUCCGGUCAAAUCUUAUGUACAGGGAUGAUGAACCUUGAGCAUUUCACCUGGGGUGCAUCAAUCAUGUGUCUGAGCCUUGAUGUUACUUUCGCUAUUGCAUUUUUAGUUAACACACGAAUUAUGUAAUAUUUUUUCACCUCUUUCUGCCAUUUUAUUAUUAUUUUUUUUUAUUUCCUUCUUUUUUGAAAAUAGGUGGGGGGUGUAGGUGGGAUUUUGCAAUUUGCUUAUAUGGUUUGGUAAUAUCACAUUUUAUUUUUUAAAUUUGGCAUUACUCAUCAUUUGUAACCUUAAUGAGAUCACCAAAUCAUUUCGUUUUGCCUA